CUUGAGCCGUUUACCAACUAGUCAACGCAAACAAGCCAGGCAGCGAGUAACGGAUUGAUGUGUUUAUCCGGUCAUCUUUCUGCUCCUUUGAUAUCCCUGCAUAUCCAGUUUUUUUUCUCAUUUACAACCGUUUUAUUUCUACUUUGGUAGGCCCACAACAAUAUAAAGCUGAAGUUUCUUUGCUGAAAGCACCGUCCCCCCCUCCCCCUCCCCACCCCCUCCUAUUAUUCUUAUUCUUUUGAGUAUUCUUCAUUGUCAAGCCGCCAAAGUGGAGAGUGUGAUUUCAGAAGGGGGUGCUUCUCGUUUCAGUGCUUCUUCGGGGGGAGGAGGUGGUAGGGGCGCACCUCAGCACUAUCCCAAGACUGUCGGCAACAGCGAGUUCCUGGGGAGAACCCCAGGGCAAAGCGUUCAGAGAUGGGUUCCUUCACGAAGCACUAGACGAGAAGUCAACUCCAGCCUUGAAAAAGAGCAACACGAUGGAAUCUUCAGGAAAGUGAGGGGCAUACUCAAUAAGCUCACGCCUGAGAAGUUUGACAAGCUAUGCCUUGAGCUCCUGAAUGCGGGCGUAGACUCAAAAGUCGUCCUCAAAGGAAUCAUCUUGCUGAUCGUAGACAAAGCCCUAGAAGAGCCCAAGUAUAGCUCGCUCUAUGCUCAGCUAUGUCUGCGCUUGGCAGAGGACGCACCAAACUUUGAUGGCCCUUCAUCUGAGAUCCAAACAUCCCAAAAGCAGAGCACAACCUUCAGAAGAUUGCUGAUUUCCAAACUUCAAGAUGAAUUUGAAAACCGUGCCAGAAAUGUUGAAAUCUAUGACAAACAUGACAACCCUCUUACUUCGGAGGAGGAGGAGCAGCGUUCCAUCGCCAAGAUCAAGAUGCUUGGCAACAUUAAAUUCAUCGGGGAACUGGGCAAACUCGACCUCAUCCAUGAAUCUAUCCUUCAUAAGUGCAUCAAAACACUUCUGGAAAAGAAGAAGAGAGUCCAGCUCAAGGAUAUGGGGGAGGAUCUGGAGUGCCUCUGUCAGAUAAUGAGAACUGUGGGGCCGAGACUCGACCAUGCGAAAGCAAAGUCUUUAAUGGAUCAGUAUUUUGGCCGUAUGCGAUCCUUAACGAACAACAAGGAGUUGCCCGCCAGGAUCCGUUUCCUGCUGCAAGACACCGUGGAACUGCGACUAAACAACUGGGUCCCCCGCAAGGCUUUCAUCGACAACGGACCAAAGCUGAUCAACCAGAUCCGUCAGGAUGCAGUGAAAGAUUUGGGUGUUUUCAUCCCAGCACCAAUGUCUCAGGGGAUGAGAAUGGACUUCUUCCUGGAAAGCCCCUUCAUGCCACACCGAAUAAAGCUGGACAGAGAGACACUCGGGGGGUUGGCCGACAUGUUUGGGCAGAUGCCAGGCGGUGGGAUCGGAACCGGCCCGGGUGUUAUUCAGGACAGGUACUCGCCCACUAUGGGACGCCAUCGCGCCAACCCACUCUACAACGGCCACGGCAGCCACAUCGCCCCUCCCCCGCAGACGCAGUUCGAAGUGGGGACAAAGUCCUUCGUUAAGUCCAACCAGGUUCAGAACCAGCACUUCCAGAACCACACGGCCCUGCAGCAGGUCCAGUCCAAGGACAUGCCCCCCCGAUUCAGCACGAAAGGACAGCUCAAUGCAGAUGAGGUCCCACAGAUCAGCCUCCGGCCUGCUCAGUCAUUCCUCCUCAACAAGAGCCAGGUGCCCAAGCUCCAGCCCCAGAUCCCCACCAUGAUGCCUGUCAGCGCUCAGCCCCCACGCACUCAAUCCCCUCCCCUGGGACAGCCUCCACAGCUCGGCCUGAAGACCAACCCUCCGCCCAUCCAAGAGAAACCUCAGAAGAUCAACAAGAAACCGCCUCCUUCCAGGGAGGAACUCCUCAAAAUGACGGAGACGAUCGUGACGGAGUACUUUAACAGUAAGAACCUGACGGAGGCCGUGAGCGGGGCGAGAGAGAUGAAGGCACCCAAGCACUUCCUGCCCGAGAUGCUGAGCAACAUCAUUGUGUGCUCCCUGGACCGCCCCGACGAGGACAAGGAGCACGCCAGCAGUCUGAUCCAUGCGCUCCGAGCCGAGGGCCUCAUCACUGGCGAGAACUUCAUGCAGGCUUUCCUCAACGUCCUGGACCAGUGCCCCAAGAUCGAGUUGGACGUUCCGCUGGUGAAGUCCUACCUGGCCCAGUUCGCGGCCCGGGCCGUCAUCGCCGAGCUUGUGAGCGUGGCGGAGCUGGCCCACCCGCUGGAGAACGGCACCCACUUCCCCCUCUUCCUGCUCUGCCUGCAGCAGACGGCCAAGCUGAAGGACCGAGAGUGGCUCACCGACGUCUUCCAGCAGAGCAAGGUCAACAUGCAGAAGAUGCUUCCAGAAAUCGAUCAGAACAGGGACCGCAUGCUGGAGAUCCUGGAGGGGAAGAGCCUGAGCUUUCUGUUUCCGCUGCUGAAGCUGGAGAAGGAGCUGCUGAAACAGAUCAAGGCGGAUCCCUUUCCGCAGUCCAUCUACAAGUGGAUUAAGGACAACAUCUCGCCGAAGCUUCACACCGAUAAAGGCUUCGUCAACAUCCUCAUGACCAGUUUCCUCCAGUACAUCUCCCAGGAGCUCUGCAUGACUGAGGGUGACGAGCAGCUGGCGGCCCCCCCCAAAGAGCUGCUGGAGCAGGAGAAACAGCUGCUGCUGGCCUUCAAGCCAGUCAUGCAGAAGUUCCUGCACGACCACACCGAGCUGCAGGUCAGCGCCCUCUACGCCCUGCAGGUGCACUGCAACGCCAGCGCCUUCCCUAAAGGCAUGCUGCUGCGCUACUUUGUCAACUUCUACGACAUGGAGAUCAUCGAAGAAGAAGCCUUCCUCGCAUGGAAAGAAGACAUUACCCAAGAAUUCCCGGGAAAAGGAAAAUCUUUAUUCCAGGUCAACCAGUGGCUCACCUGGCUGGAGACUGCUGAGGAGGAGGAGUCCGAGGAAGAAGCAGACUGAGGAAGCAUCGUGGCGUAGAAGAACAACAAUGUUGUCUUUCCUUUUUCAUUUCGCGCCAAUCUUAAUUUAACCACUACCACAUGGCACUUGGCUGCUUCUGUCGUGCAACUAUACCCCAAAAGCUUGUACCUGUAGGGCCUAAUGUGUUACCAGCCGUAACCGUGACGAUGGGCUGAGAAGCCUCAUUUGAUCUGUUGCCUGAUGGAUGUUGGAUUUUUAUAUCGGUGUCCCGAUCAGCUACAUGAAUCCUGGAGUGGCUCAACAUGUUUUUUUUCUGUGCAUGUUAUUCAUUUCCUCAAAUGCAGAUUAGAGACUUCACCUUUGGCGAAGUUCUUUAUUUAAAAAUGUGGAAGCUUUUCCCCUGUUAAUAUAGCAGCUUAUUGAUCCUUUUUGCUGAUUCUAUGCUCUUUUAGCAUAAGGCUAUUAACAAGCGGCCUUGUCACUGAUCUUUGAGGGUGCAAUUGCACUAAUUGGUUCAUUAUUAUUAUUAUUAGUGAAGAGAAAAGGCUUGUUUCUUCCCCUCUAAAUCAUGGCGCUGUUGAGUUGUAGGAGUCUCGCUCAGCAUUUUGGAGUAAAGGUGUGAAUAAAAUGUAUUCACCUCCCUCAGAUAAACUACUUUUAAAUAAGAAACUACUUUACACAAAAAAUGUGCCAACAGGCCAUGCUUAUGAAGAUCAUGCUAUAACAUAUUCAAAGUUAUUGUGCACCUUCUAUUGCUUUAAUGUCAAUAAAGUCAACUACAUGAGCACCAAAA